AAACAACCACCACCAUCGGUAUCCGUAUCCGUACUGAGGAACUUGCUGCCCUUUUUUGCAUUACUGGUUUCUGGGGAAGUGCAAAUUGUCUAAAUUGUCAUUGGCCCGCACUUAGCGACUCGAAAUCAGCUGGACACUUCACACGUGACGAGUGUCUUCCUUGAGGUCCGCAAAGAGGCAGAGAAGCGCGGAAAUUUUUGGCCUGAAGGUCGACACCGCAAAGUGUUUGCCCACAAAAAAUUUAAAGGUUUCAGAGUUUGAUAUGGAAUCUAUUUAAAACUCUAUAGCAAAGGAGGAUGUCUGCUCUCAGCGGUUUUGUCGACUUUUUCCAAAAAGGAAAGGUACAUAAUACAUUUCGGCCGAAGAAAAAAUUCGAGCCUGGCACCCUUAGAUAUUCUCUGCACAAACAAGCCGAAGCAUCUCUUAGCUCCGGCAUAAAUUUGCGUUCCGCUGUGAAUCUUCCUCCAGGCGAAGACGCCAACGACUGGAUUGCAGUCCACGUCGUCGACUUCUUCAACCGAAUCAAUUUGAUUUACGGCACGGUCAGUGACCAGUGCACGGAGGAAUCAUGUCCGACCAUGUGCGGAGGACAAAAGUAUGAGUAUUUGUGGGCCGACGGGAACAAGUACAAGAAACCGACGGCCCUGCCCGCCCCUCAAUACGUGGCACUGCUGAUGGACUGGAUUGAGGGACACAUCAAUAAUGAAUCUCUAUUCCCCGUCACUACUAGUGUGCCAUUCCCAAAGAACUUCCUAAGUACCUGCAAGAAGAUUCUCACUAGGCUCUUCAGAGUGUUUGUGCACGUGUACAUCCACCAUUUCGACAGGAUUGUUGCAAUUGGAGCAGAGCCGCACGUGAACACUUGCUACAAGCAUUUCUAUUAUUUUGUGCGGGAAUUUGAUCUGGUGGGGCUGAAAGAGUUGGAGCCGCUGCAGGAAAUGACAAAGAAAAUCUGCAAGGACGCGGUGAAGGUGAAGCAUAGCAACAGCGCGGUCGCCUCUCCAAGCCACUCGAGCUCUGCGGUGGCCCCUGUGGUGGAAGAGGCUCGGUGAUGUCAAAAUUCCUUUCUCUGGUCAGGGAUGAGUCCCACGGUGAAGACAAAGCAACCUCAUUGAACUGCGCCUUUUAAUCUAAUCUUGUGUUUUAUCUUAAUGCAAUUGGUGCAAUUCUUGUUUACUAUAAUGAGUCUUAGUUGAGGAAUUUUUUUCUGGUGAUUGUUUCUUUCUUUUAAAAUGGUUUAAAACUUGUGACUUUGAAAAAAAUUAAACCUAAGAAAUGAGUGCUACAAACAAGUCAGUGUCGUUUGGGCUUGAAUUUCGCAUGUAGCGCAGUGUUGUUUGGCUAUAAAAUUAGCGGAAAAUAAAUAUUCAAUGUUUUGAACAGGUCCCCCAAGCCAAGGUUCUAAUAAGUGAGCUUGUAACUAUAUUUAUAAACGGUGCAAAUUUACAUAGCAUCCGCCAAGAUACUGAACUAGAAUUUCGCUUCUUGAAAUUAAUCAGGGAUUGUGUUAUUUAUAAAUUAUUGCUUCUCGUGACAUUAUAAUUUUGCUUUUAAUUUUUGGUGUGCCCGUGCUUUUAUUGACCGCCUGCGUUGGAAUCUCAUUUUUUGAUCGAUUCCUGAAAGAUGUUUCAAAGAAACUAGUCAUAUGUCAAAGUAAAACUUGCAUUGUGAGUUUUCUUCACACUAUUGUAAUAAUAUGGUACUAAUAAAUAAAACAGUUCAGUUUAAAA